GAAACAAAAAUCUUAUAAUAUUCCAACUAUUGAACCAACAAAUUUACAAGAAAUAAAUGAACCAAACGAAUCUGAUGAACCAAUUGAAUUGGAUGAAGAAGACAAAUCAGAUACAACAUCUGAUAAUUAG